CAAAACCUGUCCGUUAGGGCGGCCGGAGCACCACCGCGCAGGCGCCGCUCUCGGCACCAUGGCGGCCGCCUUGCUGCUGCUUCGCGCCCUCCGCCACAGCCCGGAGCCUGGGCCCCGACGGCUGUGGGGCCUGCUCUCCGGCAGGGGCCCAGGCCUCUCGUCCGGGGCUGGGAGCAGGCGGCCGUACGUGGUCCGCGGGACUCCGGCUGGUCUGGCUGCGGCUGGAGGCCCCGCGCCCCAGAGCUUGCUAUUGCGAAUACUGACCCCUAGCUUUGGAGGUAUUAGCGGAUUAUUACUGAAACAGCAUGUAGUUCCAAAUGCAGUGACACUGUGGCAGCUCUCAGGUAGCACUUUGUAUUUUAACACCUCAAGAAUGAAACAGAAGAAUAAAGACAAUGACAAACCGAAAGGCAAGGCCCCUGAAGAUGAUGAAGAAGAGAGGAGACGGAAAGAGCGGGAAGACCAGAUGUACCGAGAGAGGCUCCGCACCCUCUUCAUCAUCGCCGUCAUAAUGAGCCUGCUGAACUCCCUCAGUACCAGUGGGGGCAGCAUUUCCUGGGCUGACUUUGUCAAUGAGAUGCUGGCUAAAGGCGAGGUGCAGCGUGUGCAGGUGGUGCCGGAGAGCGAUGUGGUAGAAGUCUAUCUUCAUCCCGGAGCUGUGGUGUUUGGGCGGCCUAGGCUGGCCUUGAUGUACCGGAUGCAGGUUGCAAACAUCGACAAAUUCGAAGAGAAGCUUCGAGCAGCCGAAGAUGAACUGAACAUUGAGAGCAAGGACAGGAUUCCCGUGUCCUACAAGCGGACAGGAUUCUUUGGGAACGCCCUGUACGCCCUGGGGAUGACAGCAGUGGGCUUGGCCAUCCUGUGGUAUGUUUUCAGACUGGCUGGGAUGACUGGACGGGAAGGAGGAUUCAGUGCUUUCAAUCAGCUUAAAAUGGCACGUUUCACCAUUGUGGACGGGAAGACAGGGAAAGGGGUCAGCUUCCAAGAUGUGGCGGGGAUGCAUGAAGCCAAGUUGGAAGUCCGAGAGUUCGUGGAUUACCUGAAGAGCCCAGAGCGUUUCCUUCAGCUCGGUGCCAAGGUUCCAAAGGGUGCACUGUUGCUGGGGCCUCCUGGUUGUGGGAAGACGCUGUUGGCCAAGGCAGUAGCCACGGAGGCUCAGGUGCCCUUCUUAGCAAUGGCUGGUCCAGAAUUUGUGGAGGUCAUUGGAGGCCUGGGAGCCGCCCGAGUGCGCAGCCUCUUCAAGGAGGCCCGAGCCAGGGCCCCCUGCAUAGUGUACAUCGACGAGAUCGACGCCGUGGGUAAGAAGCGCUCCACCUCCAUGUCCGGGUUCUCCAGCACCGAAGAGGAACAGACCCUCAACCAGCUCCUCGUCGAGAUGGACGGAAUGGGUACCACAGACCAUGUCAUCGUCUUGGCGUCCACCAAUCGAGCUGACGUUCUGGACAAUGCUCUGAUGAGGCCUGGUCGGCUCGACAGGCAUGUGUUCAUUGAUCUUCCCACCCUCCAGGAGAGGCGGGAGAUUUUUGAGCAGCACUUGAAAGGCCUGAAGUUGACCCAGCCCAGCAGUUUUUACUCCCAGCGGCUGGCAGAGCUGACACCUGGAUUCAGUGGCGCCGACAUCGCCAACAUCUGCAAUGAGGCCGCACUGCAUGCCGCGCGGGAGGGCCACACAUCCGUCCACACGUUCAACUUUGAGUAUGCGGUGGAGCGGGUCAUUGCAGGUACUGCUAAAAAGAGUAAGAUCCUUUCCAAGGAGGAGCAGAGAGUGGUCGCUUUCCACGAGUCUGGCCACGCCUUGGUGGGUUGGCUGCUGGAGCACACAGAGGCUGUGAUGAAGGUCUCCAUAGCACCUCGAACAAACGCUGCUCUGGGCUUCUCUCAGAUCCUCCCUCGGGACCAGUACCUCUUCACCAAGGAGCAGCUGUUUGAGCGCAUGUGCAUGGCCCUAGGCGGUCGGGCAGCUGAAGCCAUCUCAUUCAGCAGGGUCACCUCUGGGGCCCAGGAUGACCUGAGGAAGGUUACCCGCAUUGCCUACUCCAUGGUGAAGCAGUUCGGGAUGGCUCCUAGCAUCGGGCCUGUGUCCUUUCCCGAGGCACAGGAGGGCCUUGCGGGCAUUGGACGUCGUCCCUUCAGCCAGGGCCUCCAGCAGAUGAUGGACCAUGAAGCAAAACUGCUGGUGGCCAAAGCCUACAGACACACUGAGAAGGUGCUGCUGGACAACCUGGACAAGCUGCAGGCGCUGGCGAAUGCCCUUCUGGAAAAGGAAGUGAUAAACUAUGAGGACAUUGAGGCGCUCAUUGGCCCGCCGCCCCAUGGGCCAAAGAAAAUGAUCGCACCACAGAAAUGGAUUGAUGCUGAAAAGGAGAAGCAAGCCUCAGGGGAGGAGGAGGCUCCGGCUCCCUAGUCCCGCCCCCCAGGGCCCAGAUAAAGGCCUUCUUCCAUGCACCUGCGGUACCACAGGGCCUGUCAGUAGCGCCAUCAGCCCCUGGACUCUUCACCUGAGCGUGAACCUCAGCCUCUGUCAGCUCUCUGGUUUCUGAUGAAGACUUCUGAUAUCUAUUUAUUGAUUUAUGACUAGUAAAUUGUUUGCAGAGGAACCUUUCAUGUGUACUGCUUUUCAUGUGGGAAGUGCAGUGUGUAUGCUUGAAUUGCCUUUGUGUCCUGGAUUCCCUCAGAAUGCUAAUAGGAUCCAAGAUGAAAGACCCUCGGAGCCAGCUGUGCUCCUCAGAGAGCUCCCUCAUCGACGGCCAAAGUCAGAAGCAGCACUGGAUCCUGGAAGAUUCUAAUACUGCCACCUACCGCUGUGUGCAAGUGGGGACCCUCCCCCGCCUAGCCCUGUGCAGCGUACACCUUGGGACAGGGCAUCCGCUUUUGAGCUGCGCAGUCUCGGGUCUUUGUGUCCCUCACUGCAAGAGAAGAGCCCCUUGUGUAGGGCAUUGGAGUUAAGACCAUGCGGGGUAGCCACAGGCAUUUGCUGGUUCCUAGUUCCCGCCUGUGCUGCCUCCACCCCUUGCUGUGUGCUAGAGUGAGGAGCUUGGCUUACAGAAGCUUCCUGUCAGAGUGCACUGUUCUUCCUGCCCAGCAUGGUGCACCGGAGGAGGCUGCUGGGCAGUGGGAAGCCACCAGGGAGGGAAGGGUUUAUAAGAACAUUCUGGCUGGGCCGGGGUGGCUGCGCAGUUCUUUAAUCCCAGCACUUGGGAGGCAAAGGCAGGCGGAUUUCUGAGUUCAAGGCCAGCCUGGUCUACAGAGUGAUUUCCAGGACAGCCAGGGUUACACGGAGAAACCCUGUCUCAAAAAACCAAAAAAUAAAAUAAAAUAAAAUAAAAAAUUCUGAGUUUCACUGA